GCCAGUGUAUGCGUGAAGCCGGCUAUGGUGCUUCACAGUCUUCUCCUUGCCUUCAUUCUCGCCGGCUUGUCAUCGGCAACACGCAAAGACACCAUCACUGUUACUGGAGUGGUCUUUUGCAAGAGAUGUGUUCAUGGCACUGCGGUUGGAACUCCAUUACCAGGUGUGGAAGUCUCACUCCAGUACACUGGAAAUCCAGCGAUUCUCGCAUUGACAGACAGCAACGGAGUUUUCAAGCUGCCUGUGAAGAGCGCGUUCUUCGCAGAUCCUGGUGCAAAAAGCCGACAGCUCUUUGUCAAGAUCGUCAGGCUCCCAGACUCCACUUGCCAGAUACCAACGACCACCGAGAAAAACGCUGGGAUCUUGUCCAAGGCAGCACGAAGAACAGGCAUCUUCACGGUGGGAGCUUUUACUUUUCGGCCACAGAAGACCCUGUGCUCGGAGCUGCCUCCAUCGCUUUCCAACACCUCCAUCAUACCGCCACUUCCGCCAGCAAUCUUCCCGUUUCCUCACCCUGGCUAUGGCGGCGCUCCGCCGAUUGGAAGCUCGCCUUUCCUCCCAUUCUCUCCACCACCAUACGAAGAACUCCCACCACCGCCAAACGCCGAGCCGCCGGAGAUCGUCAUUCCACCGCAACCAACAUCUCCGCCACCACCGCAUUCUCUUCCGCCGGCCCCUGUUCGUAGAAACAACGGGCCGCCGCCACCGCUACACGCUCUUCGUCCUCCUCUUCCACCGCCAGCCCCGCGGAUGAAAUCCCCUCACCCCUCACCGCCAGCUCCAUAUGUCCGAGACAAAUCACCGCCACCGCUUCCAAAGCCGCCAGCUCGAAGCAAAUCGCCACCCCGUCCAAAGCUCUCUCCGCCGCCGCCAGCUCGAAACAAACCGCCGCCACCGCUUCCAAAGCUCACACCUCCCCCUCCUCGAAACAAAUCGCCACCGCCGCUUCCAAAGCUCUCUCCUCCGCUAGGACCACCAAAGCACGCUCCGCCUUCCAGGGCUCCCAGUCCUGGAAGAAAACCACUGCCAUCGCCAUCGCCAUCGCCGACGCCGCCGCCAUUUCCAUCACCAUCGCCGUCGCCACCGCGUAAAGAGAGCCCUAGAGCGCCAUACCUUCCAUCACCACCGCAUUGCCAGCAAAAACCCUAAUACCCGGGAAAGGGAAGUUUUCAAAUGAUAUUAACUUUCUAGCGAUCUGGGUCUUCAUGCAAGGAUUCUUCUGGGAUUUCAAUGCCCAUAGUCAGUCACAAGGGUCACGACAGAGAAGUAUUUUUGCAAGGAUUCUUCACGACGAUCUUAUACCAUUGUUCUAGUCAGAUUGUCUUUGAAAGAACCAAGGUAAUUUUAAUGCCAUAGUCCAGCACAGUCAAA